CACCUGACACACUGUGGUGACUGUAGAAGUAGGGUUAUUAUUUUAUGUUUAAGUUAGAAGAAAAUGAAAUUUUUUAAUAAUAAAAGUUAAUAUUGAAGAAUAGUACAUAUUAUAUUUCACAAUGAUAAAAGCAAUUCUAGUCUUUAAUAAUCAUGGGAAACCUAGACUCUCUAAAUUCUACCAAUAUUUUGCUGAAGAUAUGCAACAACAAAUUAUCAAAGAAACUUUCCAGUUGGUUUCAAAAAGAGACGACAACGUUUGCAAUUUUCUGGAAGGUGGAAGUUUAAUUGGAGGAAGUGACUACAAAUUAAUUUACAGACAUUAUGCUACUCUAUAUUUUGUAUUUUGUGUAGACUCCUCAGAAAGUGAACUUGGUAUUCUGGAUCUGAUUCAAGUAUUUGUUGAAACCUUGGAUAAGUGCUUUGAAAAUGUAUGUGAACUAGAUUUAAUAUUCCAUGUUGAUAAAGUUCACUAUAUACUCAAUGAACUUGUAAUGGGGGGUAUGGUUUUAGAAACAAAUAUGACAGAAAUACUCACCAGGAUAGAAGACCAAAACAAAAUGGAAAAAGCAGAGGCUGGCAUUGCUGCUGCUCCUGCAAGAGCUGUAUCAGCUGUUAAAAACAUGAACAUUCCACAACAAAUCAAGGACAUCAAGUUACCCGACUUGCCGCAAGCUAUCAAAGAUUUGAAAUUCUGACCUCAAGUAGGAAAAUCAUUACAAGACGUCCAUAUAUCACCAUUUCACAUCCCCUCUGACGCUAGGUCGCUUUUAGAAGAACCUUCCUCUGUUAAAUAUACUUGAUAUAUGUUUAUGUACAGGGUGUUGUUCUGUAAAUAGUGAUACUUGCAUUUUUGUCAGAUAAUAUAAAUACUCCGGUCAAUAUAGACAUUUAAAAUAACAAACAUUCCCGGAUAGCCAAAUAUUGGUGGAGAGUUGGGGUUUACCAUUACAAAGAAAGUUUUAAAAAAUCCCCAUCGAUCGUUUGUGUGCUACAAAAAUUAUUCGCGGUCAAAGGUCAAAAUUUGAGGUCAAAAUUUUUCUCUAAAAAGGUAACUUUUAUCAAAAAAACCUUAAACCAAAGUUGUGGAUCUUAAAAUUUUGUACAAAAAUGGCCUUCAUGAUUUUUUUCCUAAGAGUUACCAUUCCUGAGAUAUCGCGAUUCCAAGAGUCGUAUUGUACACUUGAGUCCAUGAAAGUGGCUAUUAGUCCAAUCACGGAUUAUAUUAUAAAAUUUGACGUUAUAAAAUAAAUAAAAUUUAAAAUUUUGGUGCAGAACUACAGCUACAUUUGAAGCAGCUUAAUAAAUUCUUUGAAUAUCAUUAGUGAUAUUAUAUUUGUUAUAAUAUAAAUAUCUGAAAAUAAAAUAUUUGCUUUUUGAAGUUAUACUUCUUUAGGCGCGAUAUGAGGGUGAAUUUUAAUAUGAUUAAAACCUUCAAUCUGGGCGCAGCCGCAUUAUAACUUUGUUCUGAUUGGAUGUUCAAAUGACAUGUCAAAAAUUAUCCAAUAUUGCAGCUGUGGUUUGGUUAUGUAUGGUUGUUGCGUUUUAAAAUUUGUGGGAAGAUAAAAAACAAACAAAAGUUAGUUAAUAGUUAUACUGCCUUUUUAAAUAGUUUUCAUAUUAUAUUUUUGGACUUAUUAACAUAGAAGAGAUGCCUGUUGCAUGCCAUUGUGGAAGGCCAUCAAACUGUGACUAGUGUGAUUGCGAUUUUCAAUCGCAAAAUCACUGGUAAAAACCUAUUAGCUCGAAGACGUAGAGAACUGUGGAUAACAUCAAUCAACCGGGACGAUCUACGAUCUCACUUAUUCAAAACUAAAGAAUCGGAGAGUCCAGUACUUGAGUCUUUUAUUACUGGUAAGUGAUUUAAAAAUAGUUGAUCAAAUUUUGUUAUGACAUUUAAACAUAGCCACUUUACACCAUGCAAGUAAUUGCGAAAUUUAUUGCACUAGUUCUUGCAGCAAGAACUUCUGCAAUAAGUUGCAACUAGCUUUCUCCAAUACAAUGAUUACAGGGUGCAAGUAUUUGCAUAAACUGACAUGAAAUAGACAGAAACUUUGACCUACCAUAAAUUUUAGGUUAUGUUGUUUUUAUAAAUUAAAUGUGAUUUUUUGAGUAGAGUUAUCAGAUAUUAGAUUAAAAAAGUUAGAUUAUUGAGAAAAUUAUAAUAUGUAUUAUAUAUUAUAACAAAAUCAAUUAAUACCUAAUGCAAGUAUUACCUAUAAUACAUUAUUCAUUUACAAAAGGAAACAAGUUGUUACAAAAGAAAUAAAAAUAGAAAAUAGUUUCUUUAAUCCCUAUGUUGUAUAAUUAAAGUUAUCCACCAGAAUAAUGUUAUCUGUGAAGCGGGAAAAAAUUGGUAAAAAGUUCCUAUAGUUUUCUUAAAAAUUGUUUAGUUUGAAAUUUAGGCUGACAGAAUGUCAAAACAAACAGUGUAGCCUUAAAAGUUACUAAAGAUAUAACCAAAUUACAUAACCUAUUUGGAAAAUGUAAAAUAAACCUACCUAGUAUGUAUGUAAAAUAAACCUACCUAACCAACAAAAUUUCUAAAAAUAUUCAUCUAAUAUUGUUUUCUUGCUCUGUUUUGUUGUGUUGUAAUAUUUGAAUUCGGUACACAUCAAACUAAUGUGGUUAAAUUCGGAACUGUCAAGUUGUUCAGUUGCUCUAUCUUCCAGUAAGAUGCAUAUGCCCCGGUAGCCAAUAUCUAAUGGUGCUGGAAAUUGAACACAAUGUACGUGGGUUCAAUCCCCAAUACAAACUUUUAUGUUUUUUAUACAUUUUAUGAUUGUAAGUAUAUUAUUAUAUAAUUUUUUUUAAGAAAAUACGUAUUUAAUUAAAAUUUUUCCAACAAUUAUUGUUCAGAAAUCAUUUGUGGCAUUUUUCAAUGUGUUUGUUUGUGUUUAAUUCUGUUAUAAGUAUAACUUCUUACGUGCGUACAAAGUACACACACAUUCUUUUUUGUUAUUUAUUUCACUUUUACGGAAACUUAAACAAAACCAUCCCUUAAUAACUGUUAAUGAGGUUAACUUUUUAUGUAAAUUAAUAUCAAAAUAAAAUACACUUACUAUAAAAUUUCAAACUCCAGUAUAAAAUUCGUGGUGAAAACAACUGUUGGUGUAAUAUAAAUAACUUCUAAAUUCAAAAACAGGACAAAAAAUCCAAUAAACUGACAGUGACAAGUAAACAAACCAAAACCGUCACAGAUUUUACUUAGAGUUUGAAAACGUUCCCAAGCGUACCUAUUUUUUUUACCUAUAUCUUUUCAAUGUACUGGCUCUAGAGCGUUUAUAAAAAUAACAUGUGUCUUUACUUAAUAACAGGCGGUAUUUGGUUUGUCUAUAAUUUCAUGCGUGGAAGAGAAUGAAGCUAGAUAAAAAGUAUGUGUUUUAUCUCGCCAGGUAUUAAUGACGCACGGCUAAAGAAGCCUGGACUCAACUAUACAUGAUAUGCACACAUUUCCACGCAACCUGUGAGGUAGUGUACUCGGCGCAUUUUUUACCGUGGUUUCUCCUGUAGGUCUACUCCAAUAACUGUCAUGACAAUUUUAAGGGAACAUUACCUGUUAAGUUCUAGAUAUUAUGGUCCUUUUCAUAGGCAUUUUUCAGUGCGUCACAAAUGAUAGAAAAAAAGGUAAGUCCGUGAUAAUACACAUUUAAUAACAUUUAUUCUAACAUGACAUUUUAGUUAAAUCUGACAGUUGUCAAAUUUUAUUUGCAAUUUGGCAUAAAAACAGAUCAAUUGUGUUUAUUGCAUUUAUAAAAUGGCAUUUUCUUUGAUUUGAAUAGUCUUAUAAAUUUUUUUUUUCUUUCCUUAUUGACUUUGGAUUACUUGAUCCAUUCAGCCACGAUAGAUACUAAAUUACUGUUUGCUACAAUAUUCCAAAUAUAAUAAGAUUACGUACAUACAUACAUACAUAGGUAGAUACUGAAACCAAUAAAAAUAAAAAAAUACCAAAAUGGGGGGGUGGAAACAUUAAAUUGAAAUCGAGUCUUAUAAAUUGUACAGAUUGUAUUCGUAGAUAUAUUAUAUAAUUCGUAAAUAAUUUUUUUUUUCGAUUAUAUCGCCAUCUAUCGACAACUAGAAUAAAUGUUAUAAAUGUCUUUAAUCACGGACGUGCCUUUUUUCUGUCACAUACAAUUUAAUGGGUUAGAAAGAAAUCGAAAAACUGUAACGCACUGAAAGAUGCCUAUGAUGAGAAAAAGAAUACCUUAUUGUUAUUACUACUGAUUAUUGGGUCAACUAUUGUUUUGAUUUCUUUAGAUAUUUUAAUCAGAUUCAUACUCUUGAAAGUCUGCUUCAACAGUCAAGUCUUUUCUUCCUCUUGCUGGAUGUUCAUAAAUUGUUCAAAUGUAGCUGAGGCAUUGGUUUCUUCUUAAAAUCACAUGAUGCUUCCUCUAUUGUACUCAACUGGACAUUUGAGCAAGACUGACCUUGGUAAUUGGAACACGUUGGAGAACACAGCAACCCGACUUUACAGCCACAUUUGGCACGACACCCUUUUUGCAAUUGCAAAAAAUAGUGUUAAGGAGUUUUUCUGGAGCAGGUGGGAGUAAAGUUUUAAUCGGUUUCAGAGUAUUAUCUAUCAUUUUUCAACCCAAGUCUUCUGGAUUCAGGUGAUUGCCUAGCCAUGUUUGAACUUGAUAAUAUACUCGAUACAAGUGUUAAAUAGCAGAUGCCGAUGUUGGACGAAGAGAUGAUAGUUGUACUUGUUUCUUGUUUUGCGUAUUUUUUACAAAAGUUAAGUAUCGGUUUUUAUCAAUGAAAGUACUAGCCUUCUCAAGUUGUCUUUUCACUGCAGCGAUUGAAUUUUUCCGGGUGUAUGAUGUUCUGCAAUCUACGUAUAUUAUAACGGAUUUUGAGUUUUUAAACUCAUGUCUCAGUAAACUCAUCACCUCUCGCGACACUCGCCUCGAUUAAAUUUGGCAUUCUACGAUCAACUGCAACUGCUUUAUCUUCACUUAAAAGUUUAUUGCAAAUAAAGCAAAACUGAGACAUCUUUUAAAGCUAUAAAAUAUUACAAAAAUAACCUAAAUAGUGGACGCUUGCAAUAAGUCCGUAUAUUCACUUGAACUGAACCUUUAGCACUAAAAGAAACAUAUAGGUAUAUGAACGAGACCUACGGACAAUAGAAUAGCCAGAUGUUUUUCAAGGCCACGUGGGUAGAGGGGAUUCAGUUAGGGACUGACUCUCUUUUGAAUAAAUGCUUUCAGAAUAGUAUACAGUAAAAUCUGUGUUAACGGCCACCUGUCAAAACCGGCCACCUGAACUAGCCGGUCAGUUUCAAAGUUCCCCAAACCAAAAUUUGUGGACUACAAAACCUGGUAUUAGCGGCCACCUUUUUAUAUCGGCCAAUAUUUAUGUCAUUUUUAGUGACCGUUAUUGACAGGUUUUAGUCUAGUAUAUAGAGAUUAGAGACACAAAUAGGUAUUCAUACGUGUCUUAACUGCCUGAUACGACUAUGUAUGCGUGGCUUAUAUGUGCAUAUCAUGUAUAAUAUGACUCUUAGAACCGCGAUAUCUCAGGAAUGGCAACGCUUAGGAAAAAAAAUCAUAAAGACUAUUUUUGUAGAGAAUCUUAAGAUCUAUAAAUUUGGUUUAAGGUUAUUUUUUGAUAUAACUUACCGUUUUUGAGAAAAAUCCAAAAAACCUCACAUUUUGACCCCGAAUAACUUUUGUAGCACACAUACGAUCGAUGGGGAUUUUUAAAACUUUAUUUGUAAUAGUAAACCCCUGCUCUCCACCAGUAUUUGGCUUUCCGGGAAUUUUUGUUAUUUGACCACUAUUUUUAUGUCUAAAUUGACCGGAUUAAAAGUAAGCAUGGAAAUUUGUGCUAUGUACAAAAAUAAUAUGCAUUCAAAUCGUUACAACAAAAUAUUUUAAAAUGGUUCUAAGGACAAAAAAUUAGUAAAAUAUAUUUAGCAAAAGUAGUAUUUUUUGCAGUAUAAUAUCAUUUCGACGGCAAUUUUUUAUGUCGUAAUAUAAUAAUUUAUAAUGUUAAAAAACGGAAAUAGUGAACUGGCUUCAGUAUCAGUUUUAUGCAUAUCCAACAGCGUUUCUUAUUUCAACAUAUUUUAUCGUUAGUGCAAAUUUACAAUCUAUUCUACACAAAUAUUAAAGUAAUAAGUAAAUAAGUGGUAUUUUAAUAUGUUUGUACCAGGUACCAUUUAUUAAUGGCUCUCCUUGGAGUCAGUAAUGAUCAAGAUGGUCCUAGUCAAAUUCAUUUAAAUUGAAUGCAUUUAAAAAGCAUUGGCACGAAAUUUUGCGCCUACGCUCUUAUUUUAUGUAAUUUUUAUUUUAAUUUACAUAUGUAUAAUAAAAACAGUAUUGUGAUGUCAGAGGCAGUUGGAGUUAGAGAACCGUAAGAUUGCAGCAGAAUGCUACUUUUGUUUGGUUACACUGUUUACAUAUUUGGUGUAACAAAAAAGGUCAUAAAUUAAAGCAUGUAUUCUUGGACCAAAAAUAGUUCGAUUAAACCUAAUUUAUUUAAGUACAAUUAUUGUGCACAUAAAAAAGUUACAGACCUUUAACAUUGCAAAAUGAAAAUCGAUUUUUUCCACUAUAUCGAAAACUAUUAGAGAUUUUUUAUUAAACAGGGAAAUUUGUGCACCCAAUAAAAAUGUUAUGGUGGUUUUGUUCCCUUGAACUCCCCAAAUAUUGGUACGUUCCAAUUAAAAAAAUAUUAAAAAAAAAUCAAUUUUCAUUUUGUAACUUCAAAGAGCUGUAACUUUUUUUAUGUACACAUUUGUACUAAGGUAUAAUAAGUUAGGUUCAAUCGAACUAUUUUUUAUUAGAAUAUGUGAUUUAAUUUAUGACUUACCUUUUUGUUACACCCUGUAUAAAACGUCGAAUGACAAAUUUGGUUUUUAUUAGUAUCUUAGACACAUUUUGUUUUUAUGGUUAAAUAUAUUGAAUUCACCGUUCUCUUAAUUUGGUAUUCUAAGUAUUUAUCAAGAAUUCACUGUAAAUUCUGUAGAAAAAGAAAUUAAUUAAGUAUACUUAUUCUUUCUCUGUAUAGUGAGGGGCAAAAUUAUGGAAUAAAUUCAUUUUUUCGAGAAUGGGAGAUUUUGGAGAGAAAUAUCAAAACAAGUCCACUUUUAUUUUUAAAUAAUUAUGAUUUUUUGACAUAUACCUAUAUCAUAUUAGUGAUGUUAUCCAUUUGAGCUUGCAGACGUAACCGAUUUUUUUAUGAUAAUAGGGGUCAUGUGACAGUUGAUUUGAAAGGUUAUUCAAUUCCCUUUUCAGUAAUAUAAACAUCACCAUAAUUAUUUAUACAGGGUGGCCAAAAAAUAAAUUUUGAAUUAUGUUAUUUCGCACAAAAAGAAGAAUGUAAUUUAUUUUUUUCAAAAUACAUUUUAUUGCUGUUAGAAAACAGAAAAAACAUAUUUAUAUGACAAAUAAACUUUGCUUUUCGCUUAAAUUAGAUGUUCAAACGCCAAGAAACAGGUAGGUCGCAGCUUUAACAUUGAAUUUAAGCGAAAAGCAAUGUUUAUUUGUGAAAUAAACCUUUUUUCUAUAUUGUAUGACAGCAGUAAAAUGUAUUUUGAACUAAAUAACAUAGAUUCAUAGAAAAUUCUUCUUUUUGUGUCAAUUAAUUUAAUUGAAACAUUAUUUUUUGACCACUCUGUAUAAAUAAUUAUGGUAAUGUUUAUAGCAGUGAAAAAAUAAUUGAAUAACCUUUCAAAUGAACUAACACGACCUCUACAGACAACUACAGGAAAACUUUUUCCUUGUGGAUUUUUAACACGACCUCAUUCUCAUUUAAAAAAUGAUAGAUUACGUCAUCCCGCUCAUCACUAGUAUGAUACAUACGCAAAAAAAAAUCGACCUGUUUCGAGAUUUCUCUCCAAAAUCUCCCCUUCUCGAAAAAUGAAUUUAUUCCAUAAUUUUGCUUCUUUCUGGAUAUUUAGAUUUCCGCAAACAGUAGUUCUAUUGUAUUUAUAUAUAAAAAGCGGGUACUUUUAAUAGAAUUUGAAUAAGCGGUUUUAUAUAUGUAAUUUUUAUUAAAAAUAAUAGUCUAAGAGCUAGUGAACCCUCCGAGUAACGGUCUUCCUGUAAGGCUAGAAAUUUGUGGAGUGAGGAGUCCUAGUCAUAGCAUAACAACAAUACCAACAACAAAGGCCAACAACAAUGACCUGGCAGGCAUCUGUCGUGCACGUCAUCAGCCUUUUUAUUUUUUAAAAUAUAAAAUAAAUAAUAUAAAAAAACUUACUUCUGUAAUCUUCAAAAUUUAAUAUCAUUAAGUUUAUUUAUUGAUAAUUAUAAAAAAAAUUACAGGUGAUUUGAGUUAGCAAAAGUAUCUACCAGUUGAAUCGAAAGGUGCAUAGUUUAGGAGGUAAAAUAAACUUUUUCCUGUAAAGUUUAAAUUUAAGUAAGUGUUUGAGUAAGUCAUUUAGAAGAAAUGUGUACAAUGACAGGCGGUUCUGAACAGCAUAAGACCUUCACAGGUGAGGGAAAAGAUUAGAGUGUUUUUUGUCUUUUUCCUAAAAUUAUUUUUUUUUGCAUCAAACAAAGUUUUUUUUAGGUUUUUUGGAUCAUUGAAACCGAAAAGGUAUUCAUUGGCUUUUCUCCAACGCUGAUAGUUUUUGACAUAUAAGCGAUUGAAAGUUUAAAAAUUGAGAGAUCGGCCAUUUUUAACUCUCAAAAACUAUGUGAAAAGCUAAAAAUUUCAAUGUUGCCAAGGUAGGUUCUUUAAACAUCGAUUGAUGAAAUCCCGAAGAGCUUUUUGCAAUACAAUAUCGAAAACGUCUUUGUUUUUUAAUUGCUAAUCAAGCGAGCGCAACACUAUUUUCAACCGUUGCAUCUAAAUUUAUGUGCAUAGAAAUCGGCCCACUUAAAAAUUUGGUCAUUUUUGAUAUCUCGUAUUUCCUAGAUCUGUUGGCCGAUUUAAGUGAUUUUUUUAGUAUGUUAUAGCCUUCAACAAUAUCGCUGUAAUAAUAUUGUUGCUAAACGGGUAAAUUUUUAUUGUAAACCGGGUGCACGAAUCAAACUGUGUUUUUUCUCAAAGUUCGCAUCACCCUGUGAAAUAUUCUAGCAUUUAUAAAAUUCUGAAAUUGAAACCCAAUUAUAGCUUCAGGUUUUUAUAAUAUUCUGUUUUUGAAGUUAUACUUCUUUAGGCGCGAUUGAGAGUAAAAUUUCAUAAUACUGCGCGCAUGCGCACACAGACAGUACGGCGUUUAGUUGCUGAAUAUUUCAAGUUAUGUAUAAAUAUAUCAGUGCAAGAAAAGGUGUGAAAAGAAUAUAUUAGUGUUUUUAGUAAAUAUAUUUAUUAUAAUUUUUGUGUCUUUGGAUUUGUCUUCCUUGGGCGUAAAAUAAUAAAAUAUCUAUUUUUAUAUUUCACUUGUCACCGUGAUGUGUGAUUAUGUAUAUCCGAAACAUCAAUAAAAGGCGCCUUGAUAGCCUGGUUGGUAGAGCAUUGGACCAGAGAUCGAAAGAUCGCGAGAGCGCAGGUUCAAAUCCCGGACAAUUCAUAUUCUUUUUUUUUUUUUUUUUUUUUUUUUUUUUUUUUUUUUUUUGUUUAAUGUUUGACAUUGUUAAGUUUUGGUUAAUUUUUGGUAAUUAUUGUUAAUUUUUUGUAUUGUAACUGUUAAGUAUAUUUAUUUCGUUGAAAUUAUAUAAUAGAAGUAUAACUUCUUACGUGCGUACAAAGUACAAACACAUUCUUUUUUUGAUUCAUUCGUUUAUGUUGGACAAUAAAAAGUUGGGUACUUUAACAAAAAUACAUGUUCUUCAUCAAUACACGGUGUUUCUAAAUACUUAAGUGCGACAAACUUAAGGGGUAAUUCUGCAUGAAAAAAUAAUGACAGUUUGCUUUAUAAACGUAUGUUUGCAAAUAUUUCGUUUCCGAUAUACGGGAUGUUGAAUUUUCUUUACAAACUGACGAUUUAUUUAUUGUUUUAAAACCGGUUGAGAUAUUCAAAUGAAAUUUGGUGGGUUUUAAGCCGUACUUAUUGUACAUGUUUUGACAUACAAUUAAUAAUUUAAUAUUCACAAUUAGCGCGCAUACGGGUAAUAUGACCGAUCAUAUUACCCGUAUGCACGCUAAUGGUGAAUAUAAAUUUCUUAAUUUUAUGUAAAAAAAUCGGCAAUAACUAUCUCUUAAAACCUACCAAAUUUCAUUUGCAUAUCUCAACUGGUUUUAGAGCAAUAAAUAAGUCGUCAGUUUGUAAGAAAAAAUUCAACAUCCUGUAUCUCGGAAACACAACAUUUGCAAACAUAGCUUUAUAAAGCAAUUUGUCAAUAUUUUUCAUGCAGAAUUACCCCUUAAAGUUUGUCCCACUUAUUUAGAAACACAGUGUAUUGAUGAAGAACAUGUCUAGUUGUUAAAGUACAUAACUUGUUUAUUAUCCAACAUAAACGAAUGAAUCAAAAAACAGAAUGUUAAGAAAACCUGAGGCUAUAGUUGGGUUUUAAUUUCAGUAUUUUAUUUUAUUUAAAAAAUCAUUUAAAUCGGCCAAAAGCUUUAGGAAAUACGAGACAUCAAAAAUGACCAAAUUUUUAAGUGGGCCGAUUUCUAUGCACGUAAGUUUAUAUUUAUGAAUAUGCAAAAAAUUUUCAAGUUUAAAAAAAUUGUUUAAAAAAUUUUUGAUCCAUUUUUGACAUGCAAACAUACAAAUUUGUUAUUAGGGAACCUUUUCAAGCAAGAUGGUAAAAAAUUGAAUCAGAAUAUUUUUCCGCAUAUAUAUUUUCGUAUAAUAUUACAUAUACUACAUGCAACGGUUGAAAAUAGUGUCGCGCCCGCUUGUGUUGACAAAGAAAAAACAAAGGGGUUUUUGAUAUUGUAUUGCAAAAAACUCUUGGGGAUUUCAUAAAUCGAUGUUUAAAGAAUAUCUACCUACCUUGGCAACAUUGAAAUUUUCAGUUUUUCACAUAGCUUUGGAGGGUUAAAAAUGGCCGAUUUCGCAAUUUUUAAUCGCUUAUAUGUUAAAAACUAUCAACUUCAACACAUACUCAAAUUUAAACUUUACAGGAGAAAGUUUAUUUUACGCUCUAACUAAACUAUGCACCUUUCGAUUCACCUGGUAGAUACUUUUACUUACUCAAAUCGCCUGUCAUUUUUUUUCGCUUGUCAUUAAAUUUUGAAGGUUACAGAAGUAAGUUUUUGUAUCUUAUGUAUUUUACAUCUUAAAAAUAAAAGGGUUGAUGACGUGCAGGGCUGAUGCCUGCCAGGUCAUGGUUUAGCCUUGGUGUGCUAUGACUUAUCACUCUACAAAUUUCUAGCCUUACAGGAAGACCGUUACUCGGAGGGUUCACUAGCUCUCCUACUAUAAGUUAUUUACAAUAUUUCGAAGAAUAUUAUUCAUUUUAAAAAGUAUUGUAUACGUAUUACUCGUGAUAUUAUUAUCUCUCCUGUGUAUUUAGGUUUGGAUUAAAAUGCAAGUAUCAAAAUUUUGAAAUGAUCUAUUUUGUUAACUUUAACGUUAAAUCCUUUUAUUACUUAUGUAUAAAAUACAAAUAAUCUCCAUUUAUUAAAAUGAUAGUUAAAUUACAAUAUUUAAAUUA